UCUAUUGUUUUCAUCAUUCGAUUUGUGAUAAUUUCGGUUUUAAUUCUCGUUAAUCUCUAACCAUGUCUUCAGCAUUAGUAUCAUAUGAUGAUAGUGGAAGUGAUUCCGAUGAUCAUGACCCCGAAGUUGAAAUGAAGUUACCAGAAUCAAUGUUACAAAUCGUAUCGGCUCCUCAGGUUGAUGCCACAAUGGUACGUGGUUCGUCAACAUUCAAAAAUUCAGAGCGAUUUAUUGAUGUUAAAAAUUGUAAAGAACUUCAAUAUAAUCCAAAAUUCAAUGAACUUUAUCGUCCAGAAUUCGGUCCAUCUAAUCCUCAUGGACAAACAAUUGGUAAGAAUUUUCUUACCGGAUCACUAGAACCUGCAUACAUGUCAGAAGCAUUGUUUGAAUAUCAACGAAAAAAUUUUCAUGCUUAUGGUAUUGCAAGUGAUCCUAGUACAGGUGCUAAAACCGAUCAAACAGUUUCGAAGCCUGGUUCAUCAAAAACAAUUGAUGAUGUUAAAUUAUCGGGCGAAAAGAAAAAACGAAAACGAUUAGUUAAUGAUGAUCCAGCCGAUAUUGAAGGCUAUAAAGGUCCUUGGGCUGAAUAUGAAGAUGAACAAAAGAUUGCUCGACCAACUGAAGAAGAACAACAAGAAUUGAUUGAAAUUCUAGCUAAACGUAAAAAUGUUCAUGCUGGUGGAACAGUUAAUAAAAUUGAAGAAGAAUUUAAAGAUCGUGCUACCUUGCAUAUAAAAGAUCCAUAUGAUUAUCAAGGACGAUCAUUUUUACAUCCACCACAUGAUAUUGAUGGUGUACCAUUACAUAAACCAGAUCAUAUUCCAAAUCGAUGUUUUCUACCGAAAAAACUACUCCAUACAUAUGUUGGUCAUUCAAAACCAAUCAAUGCCAUACGAUUAUUUCCACAAACUGGUCAUCUAUUACUUUCAUGUUCGGCUGAUUCAAAGAUUAAACUUUGGGAAUUAUAUAAUGAACGACGUUCAAUAAUGACUUAUCAUGGUCAUCGUCAAGCAGUACGUGACAUUUGUUUCAAUCGUCAUGGUGAUCGUUUCAUUUCAUCAGGUUAUGAUCGUGCCAUUAAAUUAUGGGAUACAGAAACUGGACAAUGUAUACGAAAAUUUUCUAAUCGUAAAUUUGCCUAUUGUAUACGAUUCAAUACAUCGGAUGAGUCACAUUCACAUUAUUUCCUUUCGGGAAUGUCGGAUAAGAAAAUUCUUUGUUGGGAUUGUCGAUCUGGUUCUAUUGUACAGGAAUAUGAUCGUCAUCUAGGUGCAGUCAAUACGGUAACAUUAGUCGAUGGUGGCCGUAGAUUUGUUUCAACAUCUGAUGAUAAAUCAUUACGUGUAUGGGAAUGGGAUAUACCUGUCGAUGUUAAAUAUAUUGCUGAUCCAUCAAUGCAUGCUAUACCGGCUGUAACAGCAGCACCGAAUAAUAAAUGGUUAGCAUGUCAAUUUAUGGACAAUAAAAUUCAAGCAUUUGCAUGUAUGAAUCGUUUCAAAUUGAAUCAAAAGAAAAUAUUCACCGGUCAUAUGGUUGCCGGUUAUGCUUGUUCACCAGAUUUUUCUCCUGAUAUGAGCUAUCUAGUAUCUGGUGAUGCUGAUGGUAAAUUAUUUUUCUGGGAUUGGAAAACAACAAAAUUAUUAACAUCAUUUCAAGCACAUGAAAAUGUUUGUAUCUCUACAUUAUGGCAACCACAUGAAACAUCCAAAGUAAUUACAGCUGGUUGGGAUAAUCUAAUUAAACUUUGGGAUUGAUUCAUUA